AUGGACUUCACAAGUCAACCCUACCGAGGCUCCAGCCGCCAGAUCGAUGAAAAAGACGGGCCCCCGAAGAUCAAGAUCUUUGAUGCCGAUAUCGCAUAUCAAAAAUUCACGUGGGAUGGACGUGACCCUCGCCAUCUUGUCGCAAUUUAUAAGCCUGCCGACCUAACGAUGGAAGAAUUCGUAGGUUGGUGGUACAAAAAGGUCUCGCCGCGACUUCAAAAUGGAAAACAUUCGCUUUACAUCGUUGCCAUGGAUCAACUGCAUCAUAAUGGAAAGAAUGUGCCCGCUGUCGCUAUCAAGUGCACAGCUACUGAAAAAUCUGUGGAUCUUGAUAAGUACUUUGCUGAAUUGAGGGAACGACAGAAGGCGCAUAACGUGUAA